AUGAAACCGCUAACACCCAUCGGAUCUCCUUCCCCUCUGAGGCUCCUCAACAAGGGGCCGGAGUAUUUGCGGAGACAGAUAGACGGGGGAAGCUACGGGCGUUCCAUCAGCGCUGUGGAGAGGCUGGAGGCAGACAAGGCUAAAUAUGUCAAGAGCCAGCAGGUAAUCAACACCAAACAGGAGCCUGUGUUGAUCCCCUGUGCCACGCCGCCUCCCCGGAGAGCCGGGGUGAGCCCUGGGAACAUAACACCUCACCUCCCCCCUCGCAGAUCCUCCAACGCCGCCUUCUCCACUCUGUCAGACUCUAUCGCCUCCAGGGAUGAAAACGAAAACGAGGACUCCAGAAAGGAAAAUCAACAGACUCUGGUUGACGUCGAUACAAACAAUCGUAGCAAUGUGAAUAACGUUUUGUUGCCUUCGAGUCCGAGAACCCCCGGUCUGGUAGCGCCACAUAGUGCACCGGUGCUUAGACGGAGCACGGGGAAGCGGAUGCUGAGGCCGGACUCGCUCGUCAUCUACAGGCAGAAGAAAGAGUGCAAGAGUCCAACGAGUUCUGGGCCCGGGGAGAACAACAACACCGAGAUAAAGGGUUACAGCUUCGUACGGCGUCUCUUCCAGGGAUCUAUGAGGGAGAGAAGCAGCGGCGGCGACAGUAGAAUUCAAAAAAUGGUGAUUGGUGAAGAGAGGGCGCCGUCGCGGGAUGGGGAUUCCCGAAUGUCCUGGACCAAUGAGAAAGACACUCCAGACAGCGGGUUAGAAAGUAGACGCUCGAGCAGAAUGGACCACGAUCGUUCUCCUGGGACAAUGUCAAGCCCAGGAUUCGGCGCAUUCGAGAAAAGCGAGGUCGUAAAUGAUGCUAAUUUUAGUAACGGAAACAGCUCAAGUCUCCAGGAUGAGAACGAUCCAUGGAAGCGAGCCUCUCCGGUGCAGAGACGGCACGUGGGACAUUUGCGCCGUUCCAAAUCGGACCUGGAGAUCCGCGGCUCGGUGGCGCUGUCGGACCAGGCUGACUUCUUUGCUUUCUGCGGCCUGGAUUUGGACAUGAUCGAGUGUCUGGGGCGGCAGAACUUCCUGUCCGGUGCCAGCUCCAUAGACACGCUGUCGUUGGCCCUGCGGAGCGUGGUGGACGAGGGCCGCGGGGGAUCCGAACCCAGUGAGUUCUCCCGUCACUCUGGAGACGGACUGUUCGAGGAGGAGAUGGUGGAGACGCUUCCCACCGGAGUGUCCAUCAUCGAGAGAAACGCCAGAGUCAUUAAGUGGCUUUAUGGAUGCAAGAACGCAGCUCGCGAAGGGCCUAAAGAGUCGACGGUUUGA